GCUCGGGGCAGGAGGAGCUGUUGCUGCAGCGGUACCUGGCCGGGAAGGUCGUCCCCACCGCGCCUGCGGGGCUGGGCUGCAAGUGCUGCCCGGAGAGACCCCCCAACGGGGCCGCCUGUGUCCUGGGCCCCCACGGGAGAAUGACCAAUGGGGACGCCGGCUUCCUGCUGCAGCCGGAGGAGCCGCCUGCUUGGGCCGUGCGGACCGAGCCGGGGCCCCAGGAGGAGGAAAUGAGACUGCCCAAUGGGGGCUUCCCUCACUUCCUCCCCGAUCCCCAGCCGGAGCCGGGGGGCGGCGCGGGCCGGGCCAGCCCGCCGGCGGGGGCCGCCCUCGAAGAGCCUCUGAGAAGUUGUUGCUUGGGGCCCGAUCCGGAGGAUGGCGCGGCGGUCGGUAGCCCCCCGCCGCCCCGCAGCGGAGCUGGGACUGAAAGCCCGUCAGAAGCCGCCGGCGUUCGGACUCCCCGGGACUGCAGCGACGGGGCUGCUGCGGCGGGAACCCUUUGCUCGGCGCCUCUGGGCUUCAUAGACAUUAACCUGAAUUCCCGCAACACCUACGAAGUGAGCCGGCGCCGAAGCGCCCCGGAGCACCUGCCGCAUGAGGGGACACCGGCCACCGCCCCGGCCCCUCCCCAGGAGCCGACGGACAAAACCAAGAGAAUCGCUAUCCCUGGCAGCAGCAGCGGCAUCGCCGACUUCAUUACAAGAAACUUUUUCACCAAAAGGACAAAGGAACUCAAACCUGGUCUCCACAGUGCUCCUGGCUGGAAGUUAUUUGGAAAAGUCCCUCCUAGAGAAAACUUUCAAAAAGAUUCCAAAAUAAUUCAGCAGGAAUAUGAAGCACGAACAGGAAGAACAUGUAAACCUGCACCCCAGGCAACAAGACGUAAAAAUUUUGAAUUUGAACCACUUUCAACUACUGCUCUUAUUUUGGAGGAUCGACCAUCAAAUCUUCCUGCCAAAUCCAUAGAGGAGGCUUUACGUCACAGACAAGAAUAUGAUGAAAUGGUGGCAGAGGCAAAAAAACGAGAAAUUAAAGAAGCACAUAAAAGGAAAAGAAUAAUGAAAGAACGAUUCAAGCAAGAGGAGAAUAUUGCUAGUGCUAUGGUGAUUUGGAUCAAUGAAAUAUUACCUAACUGGGAAGGCAUGCGAACUACACGAAGAGUUCGAGAAUUGUGGUGGCAGGGGUUACCCCCAAGUGUUCGUGGGAAGGUCUGGAGUCUUGCUAUAGGAAAUGAAUUAAAUAUUACUCAUGAGCUCUAUGAAAUCUUCUUAUCCAGAGCCAAGGAACGAUGGAAAAGCUUCAGUGAGACAAAUUCAGAGAAUGAUAUAGAAGAUGCAGGUGUGUCUGUUGCUGACCGUGAGGCCAGCCUGGAACUAAUUAAGCUGGAUAUAUCACGCACAUUUCCGUCCUUCUAUAUUUUUCAGAAGGGAGGUCCAUAUCAUGAUCUCUUGCAUAGUGUCUUAGGAGCAUAUACGUGUUACAGACCUGAUGUGGGAUAUGUUCAAGGGAUGUCCUUCAUUGCCGCAGUACUCAUUCUCAAUCUGGAAGAGGCAGAUGCUUUCAUUGCCUUUGCAAACCUCCUAAACAAGCCAUGCCAGCUGGCCUUUUUUCGUGUGGAUCACAGCAUGAUGCUGAAAUAUUUUGCAGCAUUUGAAGUAUUCUUUGAAGAAAAUCUCCCAAAACUAUUUCUUCACUUCAAAUCAUAUAGUCUUACUCCAGACAUAUACUUGAUAGACUGGAUCUUCACUCUCUACAGCAAGUCACUACCACUUGAUCUGGCCUGUCGAGUCUGGGAUGUCUUUUGUAGAGAUGGAGAAGAGUUUUUGUUUAGAACAGGAUUAGGAAUCCUUCGAUUAUAUGAAGAUAUCCUGCUACAGAUGGACUUCAUUCAUAUAGCACAGUUUCUAACAAAACUGCCCGAAGACAUCACAUCAGAAAAGCUUUUUAGUUGCAUUGCAGCUAUUCAGAUGCAGAAUAGUAACAAAAAAUGGGCCCAGGUGUUUGCCUCACUAAUGAAGGACAACAAAGAAGGUGACAAGAACCAUAGCCCAGCACUGAAAAGCUAAUCUCCAUAAUGUAAAGGUCUAUUGACAUUGUAGAAAACCACUUGAUUAAAAAGGAAUUAUUACAUCAUUUUACAUGAAAACCACUAUAGAGAAAAGCGUAAGAAACACGAAAAGAGACAGUAUUUGACUGAAUACAGUGGCAGAAAUUGAUGAAAUCUUCACCCUGUUGCCAGUAUUAAGUAGCUUUUUGUGGGAAGAAUUGUUUUCACAGAGAGCAAAAUACUAAAACUUGUGAAACUGAGAAGUGGGUAAUACAUAUUUAAUAUUUAAAAAGAAUCUGCUUAAUGCAAUAAACAUUUGUAAUAACUUUUGUUGGUACUUACAAAAAUUUAGGCAUACAUUUUUUUUACAAAUACCACAAAGGCACUUUUUUGGGGGAGUGAUAAAAAUGUUAAAUAUUAAAUAAGGCCCAAGAACUGCUAUCUGAACCAAACACUCUGGUACAAAUAUUACCUCCACAAUUAACCAGUAAGAAAUAUUGUGGACCAAAUGAGUUUGUUUAGGUAUGUUUGUACCAGAUAAUAUAAAGCAUUGGGGGUAUGUCUUAUUUAGUUCACUUAAAUUGUAGCUUCAUUCUUCAGCUUAGGCAAAUUUAACUCAGGAACCAUGGAAAUAUUGUGCCCAGUCCUGCUACAAAUGAAAUCAGUAGCAAAAGUCCAGUUGACUUAAAUGCUGGUAAUAUCAGGCCCAUUAUUUGUAGUGUAUUAUAAAGGUGUUUGUACACUGCAAAUUAAAGUAUAAUGGUAGCAUGGGUAGGUAUACCGCUGCUACAAUUCUUAAUCUAGUUAGCAUGGGUAACAGAUGGUUUCAAUCAUUUGUUUUUUGAAGUGUUGGGUGUGCGGCUUACUUCAUGGAAUAUCCACUUAAUUUUCCUUUAACAGUUAUUUGCCACCAACAGUUUUUUAUCUUGCUUAACCAUUACUAAUAAAAGAAAUGGUUCAUUCUUAUGCUUGAUGGUAAACACUAAAAACAAUCUUCUGACGACUGUCUCUGUAUGUUUUCAGGAGCAUUGAUACUAAAAAUUUCAGUCCACACACAAAUGCUGAAAAAAAAUGCAGACGGAAUAGUUUUUGAAACUUUCUUUUAUGGUGUGCAAUACUAAAAAAUCCAAAAAGCAUAUUGUUUGGCAAUACUUUUCUUUUUCUUUUAAUUGUAUGAGAAGUAAGAUCAUAUGGUACAUGUCACACAAGCAGAUAUUUCCUAGUUUCUAAAAUAUGUAAAACACAAUGUUCGAUCUUAGGGAUUAGAAAUUGAAAACGGAUAAUACUGCAAGUAGCUAACACUUGCUCUUUUUGAGUCCAUUUUUGAUAGUAUUUAAUGUAAAUAAAUUGCUUACCUGUGAUUUUUGUAAUUGGUCCCUCUAUGUAGAAAUGAAGUCAGAUUUAUCAUUACAUAUUUUUACAUUUGGGAGGUUUUUUCAGUUGUCCAGUGUUAAAAGCAGAGUCUGCAUAACUUGUUCUGGUUAAAAAUUUGAAUUUGUGUGGUGAAACUUUUUAUGUCGCUAUCUGGUUUAAAACUACAUUUAAAUAUACUACUCAUAACAUACAAUUUAAAGUUAAAAUGUCUGAGAUUUUUUCUUAUGUGUAUUCACUACUUUAAUUGGAUCCAAUUUAUUUGUAUUUUGUUUUGGAGUUCUGUUGUACAGUUUUCUUACUUUUCAAGUACAAACAUGUAUAUAAAAUUGUAAAUAGAAGGGAUCUAGCCUUCAUUUAAGACCACUAGUAACAAUCCUGUGUAAAUAAAUCUCAUAAGCAGAA